CCACUAAAGUCAAAAAAACAUUUUAAAACAUUCUAAAUUAAUAUAAAAAUGUAUACUUGGUAAUGUCUAAGAAAGUCUUCCAAAUUUGAGUUUAGUACCCGUUCGCUGUAGGUUUUGACAAUCAAACUGAAAUUGGAUUGGAUGUGGAUGUGGCUGUGGCUCCGACCCUUUGACGUCUUGCAGAUCUGAAUUUAAAAUGCCUCCGAUUGAGGUGAGCGUGCGCCAAGGAGCGGCCUUCCUGGCCCUGUAUGUCCUGCUCCUGGCCGCUCUGGUCCGUCCGCAGAUGAACUUCAGCAUCUUCGUGGACUCCUUCUUCCUGCGGGUGAAGUACUCGGCGGUAAUGGUGCUGAGCUACCGCUUCGACACCUACAUGGCCGUGGCCGCCGCUCCACUCAGUGCCGUCACCGUAUUCGCCCUCUCCAAGUGGAACGAGCGGUGCGAGAAUCCCUCGCACCAGAAGAUGAUCAUCACGGGCGUGGCAUGCUUCUAUGUCCUGGUCCUGCUGGCCAAUGUCCUGGCCAAUGGCAUGGUGAUGCAGCAGGCACUUAUCCGGUUCGACCAGUGUCCCUAUAGGGCCUGGUACAUGUACGGCCAGAUGGCGAUGUCGUUCAUCAAGUCGUCGAUUGCGGACGUUCAGGAGGUGAUCACCAGACAGCACCACCGACGACCCAGGCUGAUGUAUCGCAUGCAUUAGGUACAGCUUAAAAUCAUUAUCAUUCAGUAUGUUGAAUAUCAAGACAACUAUUGGAGCAUGUA